CUUCCUCCCUAAGUGGGAGUAAAAGGUGCCUCUCUCACUUCAACACAGACCUUUCCUGGUCGCCCCUCAAAUCCUAUAAAUGCUAGACUACGAUUUUUUUGCUUUCCAGUUCUAAUUAGCCUCCUCAUCCAUUUUCUUCUGCAACUCAGUCUUCAGGCUUCUUAAUUAGAGCUUUGGUUUUGGUCUCUUUCUUCCAUUAUCUUACCCUUUAUCAAGAAACCUUGCCAUUAAGGUAUGGGGCUUGCAGUACUUGAAAACCAAGUUGGUAUUCUCUGUGUGAUCUGUAUGGUACUGCUUUUACCUGCUGUAUGCACAUCUCACGACAUUUCUACUUACUCAUCAAGAGCAACCUACUACGGUAGUCAUAAUAGCCAAGCGAGUCCAAGUGGAGCUUGUGGAUUUGGAGAAUUCGGAAAAACUGUUAAUGAUGGCAGCGUGACUGGAGUCUCUACCCUGUAUAGGAAUGGAGUUGGUUGUGGUGCAUGCUAUCGGGUUAAGUGCACAUCAUCCCAAUAUUGCAGUGAGCGUGGAGUGGAUGUGGUGGUGACUGACCAUGGUGGAGGUGACAAAACUGACUUCAUACUUAGCUACGAAGCCUAUGCAAGAUUGGCACGCCGUGGUUCCGAAGGGGCCAAGAAGUUGUUUAGCCGCGGCAUGAUCGACAUAGAAUACCAGAGGAUCUCAUGCCGCUACCCUGGUCACAAUGUUAUGUUCAAAAUCCAUGAGCAAAGCAAAUAUCCUAAUUAUCUAGCUAUAGCGGUCAUAUAUGCAGCCGGUAUAAAUGACAUCACAGCCGUCCAAUUGUGUCAGGAGGAUUGCAAACAGUGGAGGGGCAUGCGUAAAUUCUUUGGGGCAGUGUGGGAUAUGUCUAAUUCAGUGCCAAGUGGUCCAAUAAAAGUAAGAUUUCAAGUGGGUGGUAGCAAAUGGGUGGAAUCCGAAAAUAAUCUGCCUGCUUCGUGGAAUGCUGGGGAUGCUUAUGACUCAAACAUUCAGCUCUAAACCAAGUAGAAAGCUCUUUCAAUUUUAAUAAUAUUUUGAUGUUUUAUUAGAUAUAUGUAUGAUCAUUGCAUGGAUUACUAUGUAAUUGAUUAUUAGUUUCUCUCUAGUUACUAAGGUGGUAUUGUAUUGUAUUGUAUGCUUUGUCAGUAGAAGUGUUCUUGGUCAUGUUGUAAUAUAAAUAAUAGGCCAGGUUAAUGUUGUGCUUUGGGGUUAGUGAUUAGAGAUCAUGAGUAUGAAUAAAUUUCAAAUUAUAAAGAAUGAAGUUACAAAUAAUUUUCCUUAUAA